AUGAUUUGGAAUGUUAUUAUUAAAGUUUUCUAUAUAAAUUAUUUAAUUAUUAUAUUAUUUAAUACAAAAAUAUUAUUUGGUAUAAAUAUUGAUAAUGAAAUUGUUGGUGAACCAGAUAUUGAAUGUCUUCAAGAUGAAAUUCGUGUUUGGGUUAGGACAAGGAAACCAUUUAGUGGGAGAAUUUAUACUAAAGGUAAAGCUGAUGUCCCAGAAUGUUCAGAGGAUGGUUAUGGUGAAAAAAAUACCAGAAAACCAAAUUUUUCUUUAGGUUUUGGUGAUUGUGGUAUGAGAAGUUUAAGAAGUCUUGAACCUAGAGGAAUGUAUUAUGGAGUUACUAUUGUAGUUUCAUUUCAUCCAAUGUUUAUUACAAAAAUUGAUCAAGCAUUUCAUGUUAAAUGUUUUUUUGAAGAAGCAAAUAAAGGUUUAAAUGUUGGUUUGGAUGUUUCAAUGAUGCCUACUACUGAAAUUGAAGCUAGACAUGGUAUUCCUGGUUGUACAUAUUCUAUUCAUAGAUCAUCUAUUGAAGACUUAGAUGCUGGUAAACCAGCUGGUCCAACAAUUCAAUUUGCCAGAAUUGGUGAUAAAGUUCUUCAUCAAUGGCAUUGUGAUGACCAGUCAUAUGGUAUACUAAUUAAUAAUUGUUAUGUUACUGAUGGUUUUGGAAAAAAAGCUCCAGUAAUUGAUUCUAAAGGAUGUCCUGUUGAUCCAAUUUUAGUAACUGGUAUAAGGUAUUCUAAAGAUCUUCAACGUGGUUAUGCAGAAAGUCAAGUUUUUAAGUUUGCUGAUAAACCAGGUGUAUGGUUUUUUUGUCAAAUUCAGAUGUGUCUUAAGACAAAUGAUAUGUGUAGAGGUAUUACACCUCCAUCAUGUGCCACAGUUUCUGGUACUAUUGAUGAUGUUAAUGAAAGAUACAAUAGCGGUGAAAGGGCAUCACCAUUAAAAAGUUUUGAAAGAAAUCUUGAUUACAAUGAAUUUGAGAAAACUUCUAGUAAACGUCCAGAAGAAAAUUUAUCUAAUAUUAAAUCAUUAAAAAAUUCUCCAUUUUCAAUAAGUAGUGGUGACUAUGAUGAUUACGAUCCAAAUACAUCAAAAUAUUCAAAUAAAAAGAAAACUUUUGAUGAAAAUAAAUCAAGUGAAGAAAGAUUAAAAAAACAACAACUUUCAUCAUUGAAUAUAAAUCAAUCACCAAUUGAUAAUUUAGAAUCUGGUUCACUGGUAAAACAAUCAGAGAUAAUGACAGAGUAUGAAACAAAAGAUGAUUUACAAAGAACAACAAUGACAACAACUUUUAAUACAUUAAUGAAUACACGACCAUCUUUUAUACAUGGUGAACAUAUUACAUCAACAACUUCAUCAUCACAGGAAUCAUUUGAAGAUAUAUCAAAUAAUUCUGGUGAUAUAUACGCAUCAAAAGAAUCUGUUUCAGAUAUUGUUGAUAUAAAUAAAAAAAAAAUGUUAGCACAUGGUGUACCAUUACAUUUUAAAAGAGUUUUUGAUAAAAUAAAUUUAAGUAAAGAAAAAAAUUCAGAUUCACUUGUUCAAGAUAGGACAGUAUUAAUGGAUGGUUUUCAUGAUUUAUUACAACAAAUGAGAUCUAGAAAAAUUGAUAGAACAUCAGGAAUUUCAAAUGAAAAAUCAUCAGAACAAAAUGAAGAUUAUGUUCAAAGUUAUAAACAUAGAAGAAUAAAUAAAAUUAAAAAAAAUAAUGAAUAUACAAAAGAUAUUCAUAUUCCUCCAUCUCCACCAUAUCGUGGGCCCCGUGAUUCUAAAGUACCUGAAGCAGCACCAUUAUUAAGUAAACCAUCAAUUGAUGUACAACAGGAUGACGUACCAAUGAUAUCUGGUCAAUUAAUGAUAUAUGAGUUAGAUGAAGAACCACCAAUUACUGAAAGUUUAUCUAACAAUAGAAUAAAUAUAAUGAAAAAUGUUUCAUCAAAUAUCAAUAAAGAAGAAUGUAUCUUGUCACGGUCUGGUAUUUUAGGUCUUUCAUUGAUGGUCUCAGUAAUCUUUUUAUGCCUCUUUACAAUUAUCCUAUCAUUAAUUAUAAAGAUUCAAAAAUCUCGAAAAGAAUAUAAUAAUUUAUUACAUUCUAAAGAUUCCAGGAUAAUGUAUACACCAAGUGAAAGUAGUUAUAGUAGUAGAGAUUUUUUAGAUUCAUCCUACUCAGGAAUGAGUAAUGAUAUAUUAAGAAAAUGUAUAAAUACAAAUAAUAAUAGGAAAUUUUUGACAGAUUUUGUUGUUACAAAAAGAGAUAAAAAUGUUUAUUGA